AUGAGCUCGGCACCUGCAUGGAAAAAGGCAACAGAAAAAGAGCAGUCAGUUGUUUACCUGGAGGAGGAGGAAGAUGAUAUUGCAGCCUUGUUCUUUGGAGAUGGAGGAGGUGGUGCCACGGAUGACAACGAUAGUGAAGAAGAGGAAGAAGAUGCCGCAGCCUUAUACUUUGCUGAACAAGAAGCAAAAGCCAAAGCUGAUAACGAGGGGGCACAAGAUGACGAAUCAUCAUCCUCGUCAUCCUCGUCAUCCUCUGAUGAUGGAUCCAAUGACAGUUCAUCUAGAAAGUCUGACAACUCUGGAUCUUCAUCAGGUGAUGACGAUUCGUCACAGAAAGAAAAUAACGACGACGCCAGUCGAUCAUCUCACAGUAACUCGAGCAGGGGCAGUGAAAAUGCUGGGAAUUCUGCCAGUGGGAGUGACAGUGAUGAUCGCAGCCAACGCAGCGAUGGUUCCAGUCGAAGCGGCAGUGGAAGUGAAGAAGAAAUAGAACUAUCAGAGGACGACGACAGAAGUCGGAGUGAUGAAAGUAGUCGUCAGAGUGAUGACGAAAGUAGUCGUCGCAGUGACAGAAGUGAAAGGAGCAGUCGUAGCGGGUCACAAAGUGAGAAUGAUGAUGGCAGCCGAAGCAAAUCUAGUGAUAGUGGUAGUGAAAGAGAUGAUAGUGGUGACAGUGCCAGUGACGAUGGUAGCCGAAGCACUCGUAGCAGUCGCAGUAGCACGAGUAAGAAUGACAGUGACAGCGAUAAUGGAAGUCGAAGCAAAAGGAGCGAUGGCGAUGGAACCAACAGUGACGCCAGUAGCAGAUCAAGCAAAAGUGGGAGCAAAGCCAGCGCCGAUGAUGAGUCUGCUCAGGGCAGUAAUACAAGCAGCGAUGAUGAAGUUGAAGUCUCAAGCGAUACCGGCAGAGACGAUACGAAAGGCAAAGACAAAGAGGAAAUUAAGGAGGAAGAGAAAAGGGAAAAUGCAAAACCAGCUUCUACUCCCGCACCAUUUCCAAAACCUAUAAACACAAAACCGGUGAAAUCGUUUCCAAAGGUUGCAACUACGAUACCGACGACCAAAGCUCCCGAUGUCAAAGCAAAACCAGCUUUUAUAAAAUCAGAGGAUGGUCUGGCUCCAUGGCAAAGUGAAUUGAAAAAGCGGAAAGAAACGGGCGCAUCACUUCCAGGAUGGAAGAAGCCGAAGAAGGAAGAAUCGACUAUAUAUGUGGAAGACGACGAAGAUGAUAUUGCCGCCUUGUUCUUUGAAUCCGCAGGUGGAAAACCAAAAUCUGCCAAGUUCUCAAUUGGCGGUGCUGGUCAGAAUACGACAGGUUUGGGCAAUGAUGAUGAUUUCGAUGCAGCCGCCAUGUUUCAAUCUGCAGGAGGACAAGCAAAAGCUGCCACAGAACACAGCAAUGAGGAUGACGCGGCCGCCAUGUUCCAAUCUGGGAGACAAACAGAAGCUGCCGUGGCAUACAGCGAUGAUGAUGACGCGGCCGCCAUGUUCCAAUCUGGGGGACAAACAGAAGCUCCCGUAGCAUACAGCAAUGAUGAUGACGCAGCUGCCAUGUUCCGUUCUACAGAACCAACAAAAGCUGCUGAAGAUAGCUUCCAGAAUCACAUUGAAAGUGAUCCCAGCGAAUAUGCCACUGCACAAACUGAAAAUCAAGAGCCAGAUCCUAUGCCUGCGAAUUCUGGGGAUGAAGAAUUUGUUGAAGUCUGGGACGACGAGGGCGAUGCUGGGGACGAAGAGGUGCUGGAAGAAGUGGAGAUAGUUGAAGAUGUGGAAGAAGACGGCGGAGCUUAUACUGAGGAGGAAAUGAUAGUCGAAGUCGAAGAGGAGUUUGUCGAUGACGAGACCGUCGGCACCUCCAAUGAGCAAGAGAUAGAGCGUAGAUUUGCACACAAAAGCGCAUAUGAUGAAAUGGAUAAAACUGAAUCACAAAUGAGGAACUAUAUUGCUUCCCUUGCCCAUGGCGAGUCCGCUCGAUCUCUUCAUUCUGAUCAGUCAUCCGUUCCAUGGGGUAUGCCCACUAUUGGUGAUGACGAUAAUGCGACCCGCUACGCAGGUUAUGUUCAGGCAGCAAGAGAACGGCGAAUGGAUGACCAAAGUUCCUUUUUCAGGCCAGACGUGGAAAUGCCCACCGAUAAUUCGAUUGCUGACACAGAAACUUUUGCAUCAUCCGAGCAAAGGUCAAUUCCAUGGGGGUUGGAAGUUCGAGAGAUAGACUCCUGGGCAAAUCCUGUGAGACGGCUUCAGCCAACGAAAAAGUCUGAAGCGAAAGAAGACACCGACACGAUCAACAAAGAAUCAACGUCAGUUUUAAGCACGAAGAGUAAAAAUGCCGAGACCGCUCCAACCAUAUCUAGAAAGGCCCCAAAAGGGAAGAAACGGAGGGCACCGACAGGAGUUGGAGAAAUGGUAUCCGCGGAAGUGUACAAGACUAGCGUUCCAAACCCUGAACGCGAGACGGAGUUGUGGUACCAUCCAGGAUUCGCAUUCCUUUCACAGAAUCCGAACAUGGGGCCAUAUUAUGCUCCUCCUCCACCGAAGAUAUCUCAAAGCAAUAGCAUGAAUGAAUCCGAAGGCACUGACAAGGCGAUAGUCUCGGAUCUAGAAGUUGCCCAGUACAUGUACAAUACGAAUGUGCCAGCAAUUUCCAAAGUUACCCUUUUGUCAUAUGGGCAGGAAACGAUCAGUCAGUGGAACAAGUUGGAUAGUUUCGGCCGGCGACGCGACGAUCAGUCACUUUCAACCAGCAGCGAAUCAACUGAAGUGAAACUGCCUGAUUUGAGCAAAACCAUCAUGCGUACCGCUUCGGCAUGGACCCCCAAUGGGAGAGAUGAUUCUGAGGCGUCCAGCGAGUCUUUGUCAUACGAUAUGCUAGUUCCUUUUGACGACGAAGGCAGUGACGAAGAUAAGAGACGGAAUGUUGUAUUUUCUCGAUCUGGCAGCAGUGUAUCAAUCGAUUUGGAGGUGGAAACUUUUGAAUAUGUGCCUGAGAGUUCUCUGAGUCUUCGACCUGAAAGCGAAUCAACCCUUGAAAGUUCGAGUGUGAAGAGCACUCGUGGUCGUUUGCCAUGCGGCAUAUACGGCUUUGUGUCAUGCUGCUUCUUCCUAGUUUUGAUACCGACAACAGUUGCUCUCGUAUUGCUCAUGACAGGGCAAAACAACGAGGUGGCACCAAGGACGACGAACAACAACUUCACCUCUCCUACUGGAGCACCGUCAAUGGCGCCAACGCUUCUCAAUGAAAUAAUGGAGGACACAAGUGAUGCCCCAUCGUCUGGUCCACCACUGCCAACAAUGCAGCCUACCGUUUUUGAUCCAGUAGUUGAGGAACCAGUCACAGAGGAUCUUCUAUUUCGACUACUGGCUUCUGCGUCGGUGGACAAUGGAGAAGCUCUUCGAAAUCGGCGAAGCCCCCAAUUUGCAGCAAUGGAAUGGCUACGUACUCCAGCUGGAUUCAGUGGCGUCUCAAACGAUGCCGUUUUUUUGCAACGGUACGCACUGGCGACAUUUUAUUAUUCCACAUCUGGAGAGAGCUGGACAGAAAAUGAUUUAUGGUUGUCCGAGGCAGAUGUUUGCGAAUGGUUCUCCUCUGGAGGAAGUUUACUUUGUAACAAUGACGGCCAGGUCACUGCACUGACGCUAACAAACAAUGGAUUGGACGGAAAUUUGCCCAAUGAGAUUGGAAUUCUCUCCCGACUUGAGACGAUCAUGUUAUCCGGCAAUACCCAGCUGAUCGGAUCAGUCCCAAGAACCUUGCAAAACCUCUCCAAUCUGCGAAGUAUAUUCAUUGAAGGAACAGGACUGUCAGCUUUGCCACCAGAGGUAUGCGAUCUUCCGUUACAAGACUUUUGGGCAAAUUGUGAAGAACUCGGCUGCACUUGCUGUAAUGAAUGCUUCUUUUAA